GAGCACAAGAUAAAAACACACAAUCAGACGCGACAGAAGAACUGACAGUGAUUCUGACUGCUGAACACAAUACAAGAGGAUUCACAGCGGCAAGUUCACAGUUUUAUCAUUUGGGAUUAUGAAGACCUUCCUCUUCUUCCUCUUCUUCACUAUCUGCCUGAUUAAAGGUCACAUGGGUGAUGCUGCUGGAGGCAUGCCUGCCAUCGCAGGAGGAAGUGUCAUCAUCAACUGUAUAUAUGGACAUCACAAUCAGAAAACUAGAGAAAGUGCAAAAAGCUUUUGCAAAGUGUCUGGCAGUGAAUGUACAACCAUGACAGAAGUAAAGAGUGAUUUAUGGAUCCCAGAAGAGAGAUUCUCUAUGACUGAUAAUAAAUCUCUGAGUUUAAUUAGUGUGUUCAUUAGAAACCUGACCGUAAAUGACAGAGGAACGUACAGAUGUGAAGCCGGCAGUACAACGAUUCAGGAGGUCAUUUUUAACGUGGAACAAGAGCCGUGUUGUGGGAGAUCAGAGGAUCAGACUGCUUAUAUAUUAACUACAGCUGUCAUCCGCUGCAAAUAUCCAGAGAAAUAUAAAGAUCAUCCCAAACUAUUGUACAAAGUUCAGAAUGGAUCAUUAGAGUCUAUUAUUUUAACACAUGGAGGUUCAGUCACCAGUGGGAGGUUUUCUCUGAAUGUAAACGAACAGGAACUUGUCUUCACUGUGAAUAUUACUGGAGUGAGUAGACGUGAUGCCGGGGUGUAUUACUGUGGAGUUCACCCCAACAACCCUAUCUUCACUCCCCUUUUCACAGAGAUUCAGCUUCAUGUUUCAGAACAAACAGAUGCUCCAGUCAUGUCUGGUCUCUACAUCAUCAUUGCGGCGUGUUCGUGUUCGAUUCUGUUAUUAGCUGUAGGACUGAGUUUGUUAUUGUUCAAGAGGAGAUGUAAAAAGACAGAAGGUUCAGUCUCAGUGGAUCAGAGGAACACGAGAGAUGAUGAUGAGGGAGUCACUUCUGCUUAUUAUGACGUGAUUCAAGACUCUGCUCUGGAGUCCAUUGGUUUAAACACAGUUUACGCCACAGCACAUUUACCCACAAGCCCCUCUGACAGUGAUUUCUACACACUGGCCGAAAAGCCUCAAAACACCAAAACCUAAAGACACACCAUAAUCUGUCUGUUCUCUUCUAAUUCAUUUGACUCAUGCAGUUGGAUAUAUGUUGUAUAUGUUGCUGGUUAUUUUAACAGCCAACAGUUUGCUACUGUCAUAUCAACUAUGUUGGCAUAAAAAUGUUUAUAUGAAUAAUGUUGUUCACUUUCACUUCACUUUAAGACUAAAUUGUCCAAAUGUGGGUUUAAUAGCCUUUAAAGAGCACAGCAGUAAGAUUAUUUAAAGUUAUGAUUAAUUUUGAAACCUAAAGUAAUAUAGUAUUUUUUUCUGAAUUUUCUAGCUUUUUUUCUGACAAUAACCACAUUAAAAGAAAGUAUGCAAAUUGAAUUAAAGUGUCAAAAGUCCAAUAUUUACAGUACACAAUACUUUUGAUUGAUGCUUGAUGUCUCUAUUUUGUCUCAUUCUGACAUGUUCUUGUUUAUUAAACUGCCCUAAAUCUCUUUGAAGAUCAAGACUAGAUUUACUUGUGUCUGUUAACUCUUAUGUAAAGAAAAUAUAUUUUCCUAUAUAUGAAUGAUCAAUAUAUGAAAUGAUUUAAUGGUAUAUUUGAAAAUAUAAUGAAUAAUACAUUGUUAAUAUGUUACGAUAUAUUGAAAAAUACAUAAAGAAUUGACGCUUUUCAUAUAUUGAAAAAUAUGUGACAAUACAUUUACUAAUAUAUCAUAAUGUGUGCAAUUUUAUAUUCAGUAAUACACUUCAUAAUAUAUAGAUGUGUGUGAUAUAUUGCAUUUAUAUUUACUCAUGCAGUACAAACACACACAUAUAUAGAGAAAUAUAUAAUGUAAUAUAUUUCCUAUAUUUGAUAUUUAUAUUAUAAAUGUUUCAUAUUUUCAAGCUACUUAACAAAAGCACACCUUCAUGUACUUUAGUAUUUAGUAAAGAGACUAUCACUGUGCUGAAGAGAACACAAACAUUACCUUUUAGUAAUUAUAGUCUUGAUGUUCAGCCAUGUUCAUGUUCAACCUAACCACAGGCUCUACUCUUCAGCACAAUGAUAACCCCAAAAACUCACACACACCAGAAAACCUUUUAAAUUACAAACAUUAAACACCAGUGAUCUAUCCCUAUAUUAAUAUUGAGCGAAACUCAUGAAAUAACACUUACUCUCCUUUAACAGUCAGAAGCAAAGCAUGCUGGGAACUAGAAAUCUGCUGUAACUCAUUCUGUGAAUGUGUGUGUAUAUGUGUGUUCAUAUAUUCACAUUUAUAUGGGAACAUGUAUGUGUAAUUAUGUGCACAAUAAAGGAAACAACUUUAUGAAUGUAAA